CUCCAAGCUGGUUCCAUGUCUGAGCAGGGACUAGAACCCAGACCACCUGGAUCCCUGCUCCACCUUUUGAACCCCUACACUGGCUCUCCUUUUCUAGCAGAAGAGAGACUGACUCUCUUAGCCUGACUGAACCCUGGGCUUUGAACUCCACGUCCUGUCCCCAGAAGGGUGCCAGAUCCAAGGAAUCCUGCAGGCUGGAGUAGGCCUUCCGUCUGGCCGACUUCCCUCUGCUUCAGGCAAUGCACGCACCUGCCUUGGCGGUGAAGUGCCGCCUUCUCGCUGGUUUGGCCGCUCCCUGCCAUGGUUCUUGCUGGCUGCUUGCCCUGGGAGGGGAAGGUUAACGAGGGCCCGGCUGCUCUGUUCCCCCAGGCCAGGCUGUCCAGACGCUCAUCCUUGGGCCAGCAACGUGGGACGUGGGCUUUCCGGGGCAGAAGACGGUCCUCCUCUUUUGUUGUUUUUGUGUACAUCUUCCCCCCCACGCCCCCCCCCCAUGCUCAUGGUUGCCCUUGUACCUGAAAGUUGGACUCUGCGCAGGUUCACACAUCAAAUCAACCCAUCCCAGGAUGCCGUCACAGAGGCUGACGGAAGCGCCGAGAAGCCGUGAUGAGCCAGGCAGAUGCUUGGGCGCCAUGGCUUGCGUCCCGCCCCCCCCCCGCCCCCCCCCCCUCACGCGCAGAGAAUCUGUGUGGCUGGAGGGGCUGCUCUUGGAUACUGCUCCGAGGCGUGACCUGUCCUCCCCCUUGGCUCUCGCCUCUGUCCUCGCAGGGCUUCCGGCCACAUUCCCAGCUCUGCCAGUGGAGCUGGCCGCCCUCUGCAAUUCCCUCUUGCUGGAUCUUCAUCUCUCCAGCCACUCUGCCGAGGAGCUGCUGCCGAAAAUAGACCACGGGCUCAGCAGGGUCCUGGAGGCGUGUGCCGUGCCUGCCCAGGGAUGCGGCCCAGAGGACCUCUGGCGGAAGCUGCUCCGGCAGGGGCUCCCCGAAGAGCUCCAGGCCCCCCUGCAUCAGCUGGCGGCCCUGCAGGGGGCGCUCUGGCUGGCCACGGGCCGCCGGGGAUCUGCGGCAGGCCUCUUCCAGCUCCUGAGCGGCGCCAAGAGCCAGGGACCUUCUCCUCGCCACGGCCGUGAAGCUGAGCUCACCUCACUGCUGCAGGCGUGGUGUCCGCCGGACGUGGAGGCAUCGGAUCCCCUCCUUGUGGAAAAUGGCCAGCACCUGGGAGGCGCUCUCCGGGUGUCCGCCGCCCUCCUGCAAGGUGUCGACGAACUGGACGCCGGCCGUCCUGCGGCCGCCCUCGCCCACCUCCAGGUGGCAGCCACCGGGCUGUGCUCCAGGCAGGCCCUUGCCCGGAUCUUCGCCUUGAUGGGAUGCUGCAGCUGGAAGGCGGGCAAGCCGCAGAUGGCCCUCCAGCACCUGCGACGGGCCCUCCAGGUGGAUUUCGCGUUCCUCCCGGCCUUGCACCAGGCCGCCGCGCUGUACCGCCAGCUGGGGCUUGUGGACGCGGAACUGGAGGCCCUGGCGCUGCUUCACCAGGCGACGGUAGACGCUGCCCACCCGGGUUUCCCAAGCCCAACAGAACUGCUCAUCUGUGGCCCCAGACUGGCUGCCUUCUUUGUCCAGAAGAGUCCCGUGGAAGUGAAGUACACGAUGGCCCAGAGGUGUCUCCAGGCGGGGAGGGCUGCCGAGGCGGUGGAGCACUACCUGGACCUCCUGGCCCUGCUGCAGGACGGACCUCCUGCCCAGGUGUCUCCCCGCAGAGAGUCAGCCUUGCCCAGAGUCCCCGAGGUCUUCCUGGAAGCGGCCUCGGGCCUGCAGGAGCUGGCCAGGCACCGAGAUGCCAUUGCAGUGUGCGAGGAGGUGGUCGCCCGAGCGAGCGAGCUGGUCCCGGAGCGGCUGCAGGUGGAGCUGGGCUGCAGUGCCAGGGCGAUGGCGGGAUCCCUGAGGGCCCAGGCUGCUGGCGUCCCCGCGAGGCAAACGAGAGAGAGCCUGUGCUGCGUGCUUUGGCGGGCAGCAGCCUAUCUGGCCCAGGGCUGGGCCUGGGCCGGGCUGGGAGACCCCAAGGAAGCCGUCGGCCUCCUGAGCAGGUGCCUUAACGAUCUCCUAAGAAUCUGUUUCGUGAGUACAGGCAGCAGCCCCGAGGAGGAAAUGGAGCGGACGGCGAUCCCGGAAGCAAAGGUGCUUUCCCAAAUCAGGCAGCUGGCCCUGACUGGACGGGGCGCUCAGUUCCUGCAGCUGGAGCGCGACAAAGAGGCCUUGAUGGAUUUCCAGCACAGCUUGUGCAUCUGCCCAGACGGUCCCACUGCUAACCUGUACUUGAUCCACACCCUCUGGAAGCUGGGCCGACGGCAGGAGGCGGCGGCACGCUGGCAGAGGUUCUGCUCCAGCCCUUCUGCUCCAGAGGUUCCAAAGGCAGAAAGAAGCUUCCCGCUGUACCUGCUUACGUAUGUGAAACAGAUGACAUUCCCUCACGCGGAAUCCCUCACCAGGACCAUGGAAAGCUGCCUGAGAGGGAGCGGCGAGGGCACCUAGCCCUGCCGCUCCUCCGCUGCUCUUCCUUUCCGCUUAGAUGUCCUUCUGGGUGGUUCUUCCGGAACCCUCCUUGCCUGCGUAAAGCAGAACGUUGCUCUUGGAUUAACGGGUGGGUUAAUCAUAAAAAGUGUUCCUAGCAAAAAGGAUGUAUGAUGUAGAAGCCUAUUUUUUCCAUUUCAUAAAAAUAUUUUCACAAAA